AUGACUGGCUUCAAGCACUUCCAAGGGCCCUUGUUGCAGUACCUUCAUUGCGUGACAGGUGAAACUUCUGGGACGACAGUAACGUUCGUGGUGAUUGAUGGUGGACAACUUGAAGAGAAUGCAGAAGAGAGGGAACGAGUCACUGCAAGUGGCGGUGAAGUGGGAAGACUGAAUGUGUUCGGUGGAAAUGAGGUUGGCCCCCUCCGUUGUUGGCCUGGUGGAUUAUGCCUUUCAAGGUCGAUAGGUGACACAGAUGUAGGUGAAUUUAUUGUGCCAAUACCACAUGUUAAGCAAGUAAAGCUUUCAAAUGCUGGGGGAAGACUCAUCAUUGCUUCUGAUGGUAUCUGGGAUGCUUUAUCUUCUGAUGUUGCUGCCGAGUCUUGUCGAGGUUUACCAGCAGAACUAGCUGCAAAGUUAGUGGUUAAGGAGGCACUUCGGUCAAGAGGCCUGAAAGAUGAUACAACCUGCCUGGUUGUUGAUAUCCCAUCCGACAUCCCUGUAAUACCUCCAACACCAAAAAAGAAGCAAAGUUUUCUCAGUGCAUUUUUGUCAGGGAAGAAGUCCCAGAGUGCGAAUAAAGCUACCGGUAAGCUUUUGGCUGCCGGGGCUGUGGAGGAGUUGUUUGAAGAGGGUUCUGCAAUGCUGGCGGAGAGGUGA